ACGGCAAGGUUUUAAAUAGCUUAAAUAAAAAGCGUCGAGGGCGGAUCGAGAUAUCCGUCUUCCUCUUCUUUGAUUCCUUGGUUACCUUCACAAAAACCCGCCAUGAUAUCUCUAGCUUAAAUUAUAGAUUGCGGAGCUAGGAAGAGCGGAUAAGCGAGAGAUCGGCCAUGGGUCAAGCCUUCCGGAAGCUUUUUGAUGCCUUCUUCGGCAACAAAGAAAUGAGGGUUGUAAUGCUUGGACUGGAUGCAGCGGGUAAGACAACCAUAUUGUAUAAGCUGCACAUUGGAGAAGUUCUGUCAACGGUUCCAACCAUUGGUUUCAAUGUAGAGAAAGUUCAAUAUAAAAAUGUGAUCUUCACAGUCUGGGAUGUAGGUGGGCAAGAGAAGCUAAGGCCUUUGUGGAGGCAUUAUUUUAACAAUACUGAUGGAUUGAUCUAUGUUGUUGAUUCUUUGGACAGAGAAAGAAUUGGAAAAGCUAAAGCUGAGUUUCAGGCUAUUAUCAAUGAUCCCUUCAUGCUCAAUAGUGUCAUACUAGUUUUUGCUAACAAGCAGGACAUGAAAGGAGCAAUGACUCCAAUGGAGGUCUGCGAGGGGCUUGGUCUAUAUGACCUUAAGAAUCGAAUAUGGCAUAUUCAAGGAACCUGUGCUCUUAAAGGUGAUGGCCUAUAUGAAGGUUUGGACUGGUUGGCAAGUACACUGAAGGAAGUACAAGCUACAGGACGAGCAACCUCCAUCGGAACUUCUACAUUCUGAUCCCUAAAGGUUCAGGAAUCUCUCCUCUUGCUGCUGCUUGAGAUCUGACUCCAGAUAACAGUGAAAUAAUGCUAUUUAUUUUGGGACAAUGCAGGAACUGUGUGGCCGUAUGUAUACCAUGACAGAUUGAUGAGAUUUGUGAGAACGCCCACAAGUAAAUGCAAUUUGUUUUUUUAGUUUUUAGUUGUGUUGGAGCUAACUUUGAUGAAGGCGAGUUUCUGUACAUACAUUUUACAGGUUUUUGGUGUAAUUUUGUUUGCAUGCUCGGAA